AUGGAUUUUCAGCUCUCUUUCUCCUCCAACAUCUUUUACCUCCUCUUCUUCUCUACAUUUUCGCUCUCCAAACAAGCCCUUACUCUCACUCCUCCUCCUCUCCUCUCCCUCGACUGCAAACAAACAAACCCUAACCCUAAAAUCCAAACCCUUCUUGCAAACCUCACAUCAUCCACUCCGACCACCUCCGACCUCCUCGCAACCUCAACCUCCCAACCUUAUACGGGCCUCAUGCAAUGCCGGCCCGGGCUCGGCCCGCCAGAAUGCACCCUCUGCGCAGAAACAGCUCGCGCCGCAAUCUCCGCCCUCUGCCCCAACCCCUCCGCCGUCUCCGCCUGGUUCGACGGCUGCUACCUCAAGAUCUCCGAUACGACGUCGUCUCCACCCGAAUCCGCACCCGCAACCCGCCAUUCAUGCUCCGACCCGCCCAAUAACCCAGACCCGGGCCGAUUCGAACCUGCCCUGGAAACCCUACUUCUCAUACUCACAGCCGACGUUAACCUCCCCUCCCGCCGGGGAUUCUCGCAGGGACACAUUCCGUACGGUUCCGCCGGCGGCGAAAUCUACGGCGUCGUCGAGUGCGCGCGAUCGCUUUCCACCGGAGACUGCGGCCGGUGCGUCCGGAGCGCCGCCGAGAAGGUUCAGCUCCACUGCGGCGGCAGAAACGGCGGCCGUGAAAUUGUCGGGGCGUGCAUUGUCCGUUACAGCACGGAGGAAAUUUACCGUGGAAAAUUGCGGACUGCGGCCGCCGGAGAAUCGGUGACAGGUGGCAAUUGUGGUGGCGCGUGGAAGGAGGGAGGUGAUUGGCGCAGAAAGGAGGCGGCGGCGGCGUUGGCCUAUUGGGGCGGUGGCGCCGCCGCGUGUUUUGCAGUGGUGGGAUUGGCGGUUUGGGUGGUGGGAAGAACAGUUUUGAAUAGGGGUAAAGUUGGGGAUUUGGAUUUUAGUGAAGAAACAGUCGACGGUAAAAUUGUGUAA